AUGCAGAAGCUCACCAUCUCCAAGGAGGCUGAUCAGAUCAAGGAGGCUUCGGCCGCCCUUGCUUCCUUCAUCAACGGUCGCAUCGAGGACCUUGAUACCCCCACCAAGACCGUCGAGGCUCUCAAGAAGCAGCUCGCCAACAAGAAGGAUGCCACCGUCCGCGAGAAGGCCCUCCUUGCCAUCCAGGCUAUUGCCCAGCACUCCGAGGUCUCUUCUGCCGUUGAGCCCUACCUCGUUGCUCUUCUCCCCAGCGUCCUGGCUGGCGCUGGUGACAAGAUCACCGCUGUGAAGAAUGCCGCUUUCGCUGCUGCUCUGGCCAUCGCCGAGGCCAUUAACCCUAACGCUGUCAAGGCCGUUCUCCCCGCCUUGAUCGACUCCCUCCGCAAUGCCCAGAAGUGGCCCGAGAAGAUGCUUGUCCUCGACUUCAUCGAUGUCCUCAUCAAGACUGCCCCCGCCCAGACUGGUCUCCGUGUCCCCGACUUGAUCCCCGUCAUUUCCGAGGCCAUGUGGGACACCAAGAAGGAGGUCAAGGACCGUGCCUACAAGACCAUGGAGCAGCUCUGCCAGCUUAUUGUCAACCGCGAUAUCGAGCGCUUCAUUCCCGAGCUCAUCAAGUGUAUCGCCAAGCCCGAGAACGUCCCCGAGACUGUUCACUUGCUCGGUGCCACCACCUUCGUCACUGAGGUCCAGGAGCCCACUCUUGCCCUCAUGGUUCCCCUUCUUGAUCGUGGUCUUGCCGAGCGCGACACCGCCAUCAAGCGCAAGUCGGCCGUCAUUGUCGACAACAUGUGCAAGCUCGUCGACGACCCCAACAUUGUCGCUCCUUUCUUGCCCAAGAUGAUGCCCGGUCUCCAGAAGAACUACGAGAACUUGGCUGAUCCCGAGGCUCGUGAGAAGACCAAGCAGGCUCUUGACACCAUCAUCCGCGUCGGUAACGUCGUUGACGGCAAGAUCCCCGAGGUCCGCAACCACGGUGAUAUCAAGACCAUCCUUAGCCACUUCAAGGAGGUCCUCCCCGCCAAGCACGCUUCUGCUCUUGAGAAGUUCGCCCCCGUCCUCGAGUACGCCGCCGCUGUUGCUGGCCAGCUCGUCGACGAGAAGGAGACCGAGUCCGCCGUCUGGGCUGAGGCUGUCAAGCCCUACGUCGCUGUUGUCGUUGGUGAUGACGAGGCUCAGUCCAUCACUGACGCUCUCCGUAAGCGCGCCAACCCCGACCUCGCCGAGGGCGAUGACGGUGAGGAGGACGACGAGGAGGGUGAGGAUCUGUGCAACUGCACCUUCUCGCUCGCCUACGGUGCCAAGAUCCUUCUCAACCAGACCCAUCUCCGCCUCAAGCGCGGCCAGCGCUACGGUCUGUGCGGUCCCAACGGUUCCGGAAAGUCCACCCUCAUGCGCGCCAUCAACAACGAACAGGUCGAGGGCUUCCCCAAGCAGUCCGAGGUCAAGACCGUGUUCGUCGAGCACGACUUGGACUCUGCCGAUACCGAGAUGACCACCAUCGACUGGACCAUGAAGAAGCUUGCCGAGGCCGGCGUCGACGUCAGCCAGGCUGAGGUCGAGAAGCGUCUCGGCGAGUUCGGCUUCUCCGAGGACAUGAUCAAGAACGAGAUCACUGCCCUCUCCGGUGGUUGGAAGAUGAAGCUGGCCUUGUGCCGUGCCGUCUUCGAGGCUCCCGAUAUUCUCCUGCUCGACGAGCCCACUAACCAUCUCGAUGUGAAGAACGUGAAGUGGCUCGAGGACUACCUCAUCAACUCCCCUUGCACCUCCAUCAUCGUCUCUCACGACAGUGGUUUCCUCGACAACGUGUGCCAGCACAUCGUCCACUACGAGCGCUUCAAGCUUAAGCGCUACAGAGGCAACCUCGCUGAGUUUGUCAAGAAGCACCCCGCUGCCAAGUCCUACUACGAGCUCGGUGCCUCCGACAUGGAGUUCUCCUUCCCCGAGCCCGGUUUCCUCGAGGGCGUCAAGACCAAGGCCAAGGCCAUUCUCCGUGCCACCAAGAUGUCCUUCCAGUACCCUGGCACCGCCAAGCCCCAGAUUUCCGACAUCUCCUUCCAGUGCUCGCUCGGUUCCCGUAUUGCCGUCAUUGGUCCCAACGGUGCCGGCAAGUCCACCCUCAUCAACGUGCUCACUGGUGAGCUCAUCCCCACCGCCGGUGAGAUCUACCAGCACGAGAACAUCCGUAUCGCCUACAUCAAGCAGCACGCUUUCGCCCACAUCGAUAACCAUCUCGACAGCACUCCCUCCGAGUACAUCCAGUGGCGUUUCCAGACUGGUGAGGAUCGUGAGACCAUGGAUCGUGCCAACAAGAUCAUCACCGAGGCUGAUGAGGAGGCCAUGAACAAGGUCUUCAAGGUCGAGGGCACCAUGCGCCGUGUCAUUGGCAUCAACUCCCGCAGAAAGUUCAAGAACUCGUACGAGUACGAGUGCUCUUUCGCUCUCGGCGAGAACAUUGGCAUGAAGAACGAGCGCUGGGUUCCCAUGAUGACUGCCGACAACGCUUGGUUGCCCCGCUCCGAGCUCCUCGCCUCCCAUCAGAAGAUGGUUGCCGAUGUCGAUAUGAAGGAGGCCCUUGCCUCCGGUCAGUUCCGUCCCCUCGUGCGCAAGGAGAUCGAGGCUCACUGCGCCAACUUCGGUCUCGAUGCCGAGCUUGUCUCUCACUCCCGCAUGCGCGGUCUCUCCGGUGGUCAGCGUGUCAAGGUCGUCCUUGCCGCCUGCUCGUGGCAGCGUCCCCAUCUCAUCGUUCUUGAUGAGCCUACCAACUACCUCGAUCGUGACUCUCUCGGUGCCUUGUCCAAGGCCCUCAAGAAGUUCGAGGGUGGUGUCAUCAUCAUUACCCACUCUGCCGAGUUCACCAAGGAUAUCACUGAGGAGGUGUGGGCUGUCAUGGACGGCAAGAUGACUCCUUCCGGCCACAACUGGGUGCAGGGCCAGGGCUCUGGUCCCCGCCUCAAGGGGGAUGACGGCGAGGAGGAGGAGAAGUUCGAUGCCAUGGGCAACAAGAUUGUUAGCACCAAGAAGAAGGCCAAGCUUACCAGCUCCGAGGCCCGCAAGAAGAAGAAGGAGCGCAUGGCUCGCCGCAAGCGUGGUGAGGAGGUCUUCAGCGACGAGGACGAGUAA